CGAACCCUGCUUUUUCAAAAAAAGAAAUAAGAGCUAAUUGGCUUCAACUUAAAAUUAUUUUUAAACAGUGCUAGUUUGCUUGUAUUCAAAUUACAGCAAUUUAUUGUCAAUCUCGGGUGUUGAAGCUUAAAAUCAUUCGUUGUCAUCAUGAAAAUCUGGAAUGCCGUCUUCUUAGCUGCUUUUGCAUUCCAAUGCAAAGUACUUGCCUCUUCAACAGACGCAACCGAUGGACUUGUAAAAGAAGACCCAUUGCCUUGUAAUGGGUUCCCGGAAGAGAGAGAUAUUCCGGCAAACUAUUUCUUCUAUAUUGGCGCACACGUUAAUCGGUUGGAUAGCCCAACUGGAUUUAACCACCAGACAACAGAUCAAUCAACCUCUUCAUCAAACAAUCCAUCUAUUACUCAGGAUCGCACUGUUACGGAGAUGCUUGAUGAUGGUGUUCGCCUGUUAGAAAUAUCAUUAUGCAAAGGAGCCAAUGGAAAGACAUUCUUGUGCUCUGCUAUUGAUCAAGAAACAGAUCUACAUAACAGAGAGCCUUUCCGGGAUUUUACGGAUCAGCUUUUUGAAUUUAUUCAGACACGCCCAAAACAAAUUAUUGUUACCCAUAUUUCCUCGAAUGCUUCUCCUGAGAAACAAGUAUCUAUUAAAGAUAUUGAAAGUGCUAUUGACGAAGUGUGCAAGGUUCACACAGAAAGAACAGAGGGAACAGAUCUCUUCAAAGAAGGAGAGUGCCCCUUUAUUUAUGCUCAAAAGGAUGCUAAACGCAUAUGGCCAACCUUGGGUGAGCUGGUGAAUUAUGACCCAGAGAUGGCUCAGUGGGAGGGAGAUGGUGUAGACGUCGGCGUAAAAGGCAUGCUGAUAUUUACACAUUCGGAGGAGCUCAUCGAACCACAAGGCUACACCUCUAGCUACUUCUCUGAGGUAUUCUGGAAAUCAUCCUAUGUCCCUGGCCAGGAACCUCAAGAUAUUAAAGAUCGUCUUCAUUAUAUGUGCAAGAAAACAGGGGGAAUCAGCCUUAAAGCUUAUCCCGAUACUUCUUCAACAGACUAUGUCAGUGCAAACGAAAAGCUUUAUGAGCCUAGAUUAUUGGAAGAGUUGAUUUCUGCUCCUGAUGGAUGUAAUUUCAAUAACGCGCCCAUGCACACCUACUUCAACUCGAUAAUCGUUGAUUUUUACCAAAAACACCUACCCUAUCUGAAAGAGCUUCAAGCUCGCAUGGUAGCCAUAAACUUCUCAAAGUGGGAUAAUGUUGCCAAGCCUUUUACACCUUCAAAACUUCUCCCAGAACAGAAACAAGAGCCCGUGCACCAUGAGAGAGAUGAACUUUAAAGAUUCUGUAUUUAUUUAUUAGAAUCCGCAGUAAAAAAAUGUUGGCAAAAUAUUUGUGCUUUGCAUUAAAUUCAUUGCUGCGAUACCAAAACUAAGAAUAUCAAUAAACAUGAUAUUUAUAACAAAA